AUGGUCGAAUGCAACAUAAGCAAAUGCACUAAAAUCCUUCUCAUCGUUCAACUAUUUCUGAUCAUUGUCGAAGGCGAGUCCAAGAUCAUGGAUCCAAAGUUUAAGAUUUCAAUAAUUACAGCUCAAACUAAUGCAUCUCCAACUGUAGAUCCUAUCAAAUACGACUCACGACUCCGCCAAGUGGCAGCGAAACUGAAAAUAGCUGUGGAAGAAAUGACAAGUAGAGAUCUUCAUCCCAAAGUUAAAAUGUGUUUGUCUCGUUCAAUUCCACCGAAUAAUCCCAUGUUAGGUGAAAUUAUGAAACUUUUCAAAGAGCCAAGUAAACUUUUCGACAAUGCAAAUGGUUUAUUGUCUGAUCAGAAGGAGACUCGUCUUCGGAAAAUGAAUGUCAAAAAAGAAAAAGAAGAAAACACUGCAAAAUCACCUGCACCAAAACAGCCAUCAAGUGCAAUCAGCAAUCCGAGAUCUGUUCCUACAAAUACGAAGAAGGAAAAGUGA